ACAUUCUUACAUAAGACACACAUAAGAUAGGAGGUCCACUGCCUGAUUUCCUGUUCCUCAUGGGCCAUUCACUUCUGAUGUGUAUGGCCACAUUGCUCUUUGUGAGCAGUACAGCAACAGGACAAAAUGUUCCAACGACAACAGCACCCCCAGCAUCCUGUCAAAGUUUGAGCUGCACUCAGGAUGAAGUUUGUACACAAAUAAAUGAAGUUUAUGGCUGUGGCUGUUUUGUACAAACUGGACGGAAUACCUCAGGGAUUUAUGAUGCUUAUGAAACAUGUUCAGGCAGUGCUGGAUCACUGUCUCUGUCUCGCUGUCAGCUCUUUGAGGCUGGAUAUGCUGCAGAUUCUCUCCAUCUUAACGAUCCAAACUGCAAAGGGCGACUCCAGGAUGGCAGGCUGGUGUUCAGCUUUGACAGUAAUGCCAACAUGUGUGGCACAAAUCUGACGACUAAUAGCACACACAUCAUCUAUAUCAACAGCGUUGGAACGACUGGGGAAAAGGGUGUGGUCAGUCAUGUUGGUGUCCUCAACAUUGCCUUUUCCUGUGUGUAUCCAAUCACCCAGAUCAUCUCCAUGCCAAUGGCAAUUGAAGCAUUUGGAGGUUCCAUCAACGGGGAAGUCUCUGUCGAGGACUAUUACCAGAUCACCAUGAUGGCGUAUCCCAAUUCCACAUUUCUAGAGCCAUACUCUGGCAAUGUGACCCUUGAAUUAAACCAGCAGGUCUAUAUCGCUGUGCAGGUGGAACAGUUUAACAGCAAACAGAUCGCUCUUGUGCUGGACCAUUGCUGGGCCACACCAAACCGCCAGUUCGACUCUAAGAUCUACUGGAAUCUUAUUGUUAAUCAGUGUCCGAACCCUGAGGAUGGCACAGUGGAGGUGUUGCAGAAUGGCGUCUCUACAUCAAGCCACUUUUCAUUCAGGGUGUUCACAUUCGCUGACUUACCUCACAACCACAUCUACCUGCACUGCGUGGUCCAUCUGUGUCUGAUAGAGUCAGGCAACUGUAUGCUGGCAUAUAAUGGAACUUUCCAGACCCCAUUCUGCUGAUUUCUAUAAUUCAGCUGAAAUUACCAUCUGAUUCGGAUUUGUUUUCAAUUAAUGGAACAGGACUAAAUAUAUAUUU